GUUUGUCAUCUCCCCCGAUCCACCAUAACUCUCGCCCCAUCCUCACCAUGACCUCUCAGCCUCUGUUAAAGAAGCGGAGGCUCGAGCCCGCGGGAUCUUCAAACCUGGAACAGAAGAGCUUCACAGAAGUCCUAGAACAAUUGGACGCUGAAGAUGACGGAGGUUCCAUAGAGACAUCGGCAGCCUGGCCGCGCCCAGUGGCCCCAAGCAUUGACGAACGCAAGGACACUAUCAUCUUUCAACAGAUAGAGGUCGCUGAAUCAAGUCAUCCCAAGCAUGGUCCCACACUGCGUCUGUUCGGCACCACGAAUGCUGGCAAUUCAGUCCUGGCACACGUCCAUGGCUUCCGACCUUACUUUUACGUUGCCGCGCCCAGUGGGUUUCUGCCGGCCGAUUGUCAGGCCUUCAAGGACACUCUCAAUGCCGCGGUACAGAUGGGAGGCCCCGCCGUUGUCCACUGUCUCACUGUCAAUCGCAAGUCACUGUGGAGCUACCGCGGAGACGACAAUGUUCCUUUCAUCAAGAUCAUGUGUUCGGAACCUAAAGCGAUUCCCAAAGUAAAAGGUCUCUUCGAACGCGGCCAAGUGGAUUACAAGGGCCUGUUUCCACAGGAAGUUUUGACGUACGAGAGUAACAUCGCAUUUACGCUGCGGUUCAUGAUUGACACAAAGAUUGUUGGCAUGAACUGGGUCGAGGCGCCCGCCACAACGUAUGAGAUGUUGUCAGGUUAUGACAAGCGAUCUCACUGCCAACUCGAGCUUACCAUUCAUUACAAAGACCUCAUCUCGCAUGCUCCGGAGGGAGAGUGGCUCCCUAUCGCUCCACUCCGUGUACUCAGUUUCGAUAUUGAAUGCGCGGGCCGCAAAGGCAUCUUCCCUGAGGCCAACAUUGACCCCGUCAUCCAGAUUGCUGCAAUGGUGACAAGACAUGGGGAGACAAAACCCUUCAUCCGGAAUGUGUUCACUCUCAACACGUGCGCUCACAUCGUGGGAUCACAAGUGCUAGAGUUCCGCGAGGAGAGGGAGCUUCUCUUGGAGUGGUCCAAGUUUGUCCAGGCGGUGGACCCGGACAUGAUCAUCGGGUACAACUCCGCCAACUUCGACCUCCCUUAUCUCCUUGAUCGAGCCAAGGCUUUGAAGAUUCCAAACUUUGCAUAUUUGGGCCGCCUGCAAGGUGUCCGGUCGGAAGUGCGUGACACGCACUUUUCCUCGAAGGCUUUUGGGCAACGGGACUCGAAGGCCGUCAACAUCGAUGGACGCCUCCAAAUGGACAUUCUCCAAGUCAUUCAACGCGAUCACAAGCUCCGCAGCUACACACUCAACGCCGUCUGCGCACAUUUCCUUGGAGAGCAGAAGGAGGACGUGCACCACUCGAUCAUCACUGAGCUUCAAAACGGUACGGCCGACUCCCGCCGUCGACUUGCCGUGUACUGCUUGAAGGAUGCCUACCUACCUCAGCGUCUACUCGACCGUCUCAUGUGUUUGGUCAACUACACCGAAUUGGCGCGCGUGACAGGUAUCCCCUUCAACGAUGUUCUCACACGAGGCCAGCAGAUCCGUGUCAUCUCGCAGCUCUACCGCAGCGCAGGGGAAGAGGGAUACCUUAUCCCGGCUAUGAGGAGUGAGGGGACGGACGAACAAUAUGAGGGAGCGACCGUCAUUGAGCCGAGCAAGGGGUACUAUGACACUCCCAUCGCUACGCUCGACUUUGCCUCGCUAUACCCCUCCAUCAUGAUGGCGCACAACUUGUGUUACACGACACUACUGGACAAGGGAACAAUCGAGCGCCUGAAACUCGUGGAGGGAGAGGAUUAUGUACAGACACCGAACAAUGACUUUUUCGUUAUGGCAAGUCGUCGGAAGGGACUACUGCCUCACGUUCUCGAGAAUCUCCUUGCGGCGCGAAAGCGUGCAAAAGCCGAUUUGAAAGUGGAAAAAGAUCCCUUCAAACGUGCGGUUCUAGACGGCCGUCAAUUGGCGCUGAAGAUCAGUGCAAACUCUGUAUACGGCUUUACAGGCGCUACCGUUGGCAAACUGCCGUGUCUGGCCAUUUCAACCUCCGUAACAGCCUAUGGUCGACAGAUGAUUGAGUUAACCAAGCAAGAGGUUGAGAAAGAGUACUGCAUCAGGAAUGGCUAUGACCACGAUGCACGAGUCAUCUAUGGAGACACGGAUUCCGUCAUGGUCAAGUUUGGAUGCCCCGACCUGCCCACGGCCAUGCGUCUGGGCGCGGAGGCGGCAGAACUGGUCUCCACCAAGUUCAAGAAGCCCAUCAAACUCGAGUUCGAGAAGGUUUACUUCCCUUAUCUCCUCAUCAGCAAGAAGCGAUACGCCGGUCUGUACUGGACACGCCCAGAGAAGUACGAUAAGAUGGACGCGAAGGGAAUUGAGACGGUCCGACGUGACAAUUGUCGUUUGGUUUCGACCAUGAUCGAGACCUGUUUGCUCAAAAUGCUAAUUGACCGCGACGUGAAGGGUGCUGAGGAAUACGUCAAGCAGACUAUUGCUGAUCUGCUUCAAAACAAGAUUGACAUGUCACAGCUUGUCAUCACCAAGGCGCUUGCAAAGACAGAUUACGCCGGCAAGCAGGCCCACGUCGAGCUUGCAGAGCGUAUGAAGAAGCGUGAUGCAGGCUCUGCUCCGUCUCUUGGAGACCGAGUCGCCUAUGUGAUUGUCAAGGGCAUCAAGGGCGCCGCCGCGUACGAAAAGUCUGAGGACCCACUUUACGUUCUGGAGAACAACGUGCCGAUUGACACGCGCUACUAUCUGGAGAAUCAGCUCGCCAAACCGCUCAUGCGCAUCUUUGAACCCAUUCUCGGGGAGAAGGCCAACAGCCUCUUGGCCGGUGAGCACACCCGCAGUAUCCAGAUUGCAACGCCCACUGUGGGUGGCCUCAUGAAGUUUGCGGUUAAGACGGCUACCUGUCUUGGCUGUCGUACGCCGCUGAAGGGAAAGAAGGAGAGCGCCGUGUGUGUCAAUUGCCGUCGUCAUCUGCCAGAUCUGUAUGCGAAGCAGGUAGCCACAACGUCGGCACUGCAACUCGACUUUGCUCGCCUGUGGACACAGUGCCAGCGCUGCCAGGGUUCACUGCAUCAGGACGUUAUCUGCACCUCAGCGGAUUGCCCGAUCUACUACCGCCGCACUGCUCGGCAGAAGGAAGUCACUGCAGCGGUUGCACAGCUCGAUCGUUUUGAGGGGGAGACUGAGUGGUAGCGAACAAUCACUAAGUGAGGAGCUAUGGGCUAUGGGCCACAGCAAGCAACGUAGAAACGCUGUUACGCGGGCGUGCCGACUAGACUGGAACGCAUCCUCCCAUGUAUGUAAGAUGUAUGCAUAUGAGACCUCUACACCAUAG